UUAUUAGUAUUGGUUUUUAUUAAAACGAGCGAUUAGAUAGAUGGGUCGGAUUCCUUGUUGCGAGAAGGACAAUGUGAAGAGAGGACAAUGGACGCCAGAAGAGGAUAACAAGCUCUCUUCUUAUAUUGCGCAGCACGGCACUCGCAAUUGGCGCCUCAUCCCUAAGAAUGCCGGUCUUCAAAGAUGCGGGAAGAGUUGCAGGCUUCGUUGGACUAACUACCUACGGCCGGACCUCAAGCACGGUCAGUUCUCCGACGCAGAAGAGCAAACCAUUGUCAAGCUUCACUCCAUUGUUGGCAACAGAUGGUCCAUAAUUGCAGCCCAGCUGCCCGGCCGCACGGACAAUGACGUGAAGAACCAUUGGAAUACUAAGCUGAAAAAGAAGCUCUCGGGCAUGGGAAUUGAUCCUGUUACUCACAAACCGUUUUCACAUCUCAUGGCAGAGAUUGCAACCACGCUGGAACCCCCCCAGGUGGCUCACCUUGCAGAGGCAGCACUCGGCUGCUUCAAAGACGAAAUGCUCCAUCUCCUCACCAAACGUCGGGUAGACUUUCAGCUGCAGCAAUCUAACGCGGCAAUAGGGAACGCUGCAGCCACUUACAUCAAUGGUAAGCAGGAAGAGCAUGACGAUGACACAAUAGAGAAGAUCAAACUCGGUCUGUCGAGGGCAAUUCAAGAGCCUGAUGUGUUGCUGCCCAUGAACAAACUUUGGGACUCUGCCGGACCCACAUUUUCAAAUCUUUCCGGCAACUGUAGUGCUUUCUCCUUUCCUGUUUCUGGAUUUCAGUACGAGCCAUUGACUUUUAGCAACGAACGGGAUGGAUCACCAUGGAACCAGAGUAUGUGUACCGGAAGCACGUGCACGGUAGGAGAUCGACAAGGCCGCUUGCCAGAGAAAGAAGAAAACGGAGGGGAGUCCCGGGCUGGGAAAGAGAUUAGAAACGAGCCUAUCGUAUUCAACUCGGAUAGUGACUUGUGGGAUUUACCUUCGGAUGAACUAAUGCAUCCAAUAGUCUAACAGAAAUUUAUUUAUAC